GAAAGAAAAGAAAAAAGGCAUGCGCAAAGUCGCAGAUUAUACAUUCUGCUCACAGUGCGGGUGAAACAACCUGCAGAGCCGCAGAGGGAGUCAGUGGGCUCCUCAGUUCAGGAGAGAAGCGGCGCUGGCUAAGCAUCACUCUAAUCUGUUUGGAUAGUUUUGGAGGAUUUUUAUUUUUCAUAUUGACUGUUGGUUUUUAUGCAUCAGAUGCACCUGUGGAUGCACCUUUCCCUCUGGAUUCACAAAGAAUUCCCUGCAACUCGUAGCUGAUAUUCUUCCACUCCACCAACCUGCAGUUUCGUGUUUUUUAUUUUCCUUCAUAAGAGGAGAAGCGCACGAUGCUGCUGGGUGUCCUCUUCCUGGCGGUCCCUCUGCUGAGCAUCACCGGCGGCGGCGCGUCCUACGUGCCCUGCGAGCCGUGCGACCCGAAGGCCCUGUCCAUGUGCCCGCCGGUGCCCGUGGGCUGCCAGCUGGUGAAAGAGCCCGGCUGCGGCUGCUGCCUGACGUGCGCCCUGGAAGAAGGCCAGGCGUGCGGUGUGUACACGGGGCCCUGCAUGAGCGGGCUCCGCUGCCUACCGAAGAGCGGAGAGGAGAAGCCGCUGCACGCGCUCCUGCACGGUCGGGGGGUGUGCGCCAACGAGAAGCUGUACAAGCUGCAGCAUCCACCCAAAGACCCAGUAGAAACCAAGGUGCCCCUAUAUGGAGAUCACAUCAGCAGUCGGAAGAUUCACGCCAUGAGGCUAGCCAAGGACCGCAAGAAGUAUUUAGCCAGGCCUGGAUCAAGCAACAACCGAGAGCUCCCGGUGUCUGGCCUGGACAAGGCGGAGCCGGAAUUUGGGCCUUGCAAAAGAGAACUUGAUAAUCUCAUUCAUGGCCCUUCUCGGGUCCUGAGUGUUUCUUUGUACGUACCCAACUGUGACAAAAAGGGAUUUUUCAAGCGCAAGCAGUGUAAGCCGUCUCGCGGUCGGAAACGGGGCAUUUGCUGGUGCGUGGACCGCUUCGGCAAAAAAAUCCCAGGUAGCACCUCUGCUGGUGGAGAACUGCAGUGCAAAGAUCUUGACAGUGUCAACAACAGCAACGAAUGAGAGCAAACCACCUCCGGAGCCCAACUUCUUCUUCUUAAAAUCUGCCAAACAAGCUAGCACACUUUAUGACUGACAAUCAGGAGAAUAUGGCACAAACACUUUUAUUUUUUGUUGAUUGUGAUGGACUGCAUUGUCUGUUGUAGAGAGGAGGCAAACUUUAUAUCCUAUAUCGAAGCGAAAUAUAUAGAGUUUUUCUUUCGUUUAUAAAGUCUGUUGCAGUUUAUAUAUUUUUUUUUUUUUGAAAUUAUGAAAAAGGUGACAACACAUAUAUAAAUGUGGCUAACUAUCAAUAUUUUCAGUUGAUUUUCCUGAUAUUGUUGAGAAGGGAGUGUGGCCACCGAAACUAGGAGACAUCUGCUAAAAUUGAAUGAGUUUUGUUAUGAUUAGCAGCUUUUUUAGGUGCAAUAUGAUGGAUAUUUGGGGGUCACAAAAUCCAGUUUUAAACGAGGGCAGAAAAACAUUCAAACAUAAAACAUGCAUACUUCCGUUUAUAUAAAUGGCUCCUCUGGAGUGGUUUAAGCUGUGGUUAGAUAUUAGUUUCCCUAAAAACAUACCAAACAUAAUCUCACUUAAACUCUUCUUGAUAUUAAACAUUAUAGGAAAAGUACUUCUGGAACAUACCCAUAAUUUGUUGGCUAAAAUGUUUUUUAUAUAUUUAAUUCAAGGCAUGCAUGAAUGAAAGAUUUAGUGCUUCCAAGGCAUAAACAUUAUUUUGUCUAAUAGUUAUGUUGAUUGAAUUCACACGUUUUGGUUUGACAAGGUUGUUUAUGUUGUUUUAAUUUGCAUAAAUGAACUCUAGAGAAUAGAAGCCGUUAGCUUAAAACUGUAACCUGUCACUCUUAUCCAUUACUGUGCUAAUUAGCUAUGACAUAUUGUAGAAUUUUAUAUUUUAAUUUAACUGGCUUUCAGAACUUAACAAAAAGUAAUAUUUAAUUAGCUGUAACUCUUUUCUUAUAUUGUCUUUUAAAAUUUCAAUGCAAGAACUAGCAACCUGGUUGCCUAGCCUGGCAUGAUGACAGUCAAUAAACUGCUAGCUUGGCUUUGCUAAUUAACAAAUUGCCUGAUAUAAAUUGUAUGAUGGUGAUGGUCUUAGUUUAGUAUGGAAACGAGGCUUAUUGGGGCACGCUAAUUUACAAGUAGCAUAAUUUCUAUGGUUAACUGAAUCUUAAAAACAUGAUUUCAGGCAGGUGGCAAUAAUUUCAAAAUGUCUUUAGCCAGUAAGUAAAAUUUUAAUACCCAAAGAUUUUUUUUUAAAUCUAUCUUGGACAGGUAAUAAAAUAGAACAGCAUUAAACUGUGGUCAUUAAUACCUGUAAGUAGAAAUGUGUGAACCUGUUUAUGAAAUAUGCCUUUCAAAAAACAAUCUAUAUAAUUUUUUUAGACGCUUCUAUGCUUCGGUACAUUAAAAUAUCAUCCUAUAUAGUUUUUGAAGAUCCCACUGAGCCAUUCCAUCACUAAGUCUACAAGCGGUCGUCAUUCAACGCCUUCAGUGUUAAGUUUCUAUAUGGCCCUAUUUUUAGACCUAUAUAACUUUAUUUAUAACAAGCAAUCUACAACCUAAUUAAUAUUUCCCAAAUACAUAACUGAAGCAUAUGAAAAUCACAGCUAAAUUCAGUGAAUCAUUGCAAAAAUGCCCAAAAGCACAAACCAAGAGAAAAUGUAGCUUGAUUUAGCCCAUUGUAUGGAUACAUUUAUUUUGCUAAUUUUAUUGUAAUGUUGUGAUCUUAAUAUUAGUCAGUUCAGUCUUUUAGUUUGACUUGGUGGUAAACCCAAGGACACCAUUACAGCCAUUAAUUUUAUGACUGGAGUAGUGAGCUGUACAGAUCAACACACUCACAUGAUCAGGAAGGCCAGGACUGAGUUUGAAAAGAAGAAAAACUAUGGUAGUCGUACUAUAUGAACCAUAACUUUCACUAAUAUCUCCUAGAUAAAAUCUCACCAGAAAAUAAAGAAGAACAAAUAGCCAUAAUGGAGAUGAUACUUGCUGGUGACAUGAAGCUGACAAAGUCCUGUAGGGCUGUUUUGAGGCUACGGAUUGGAAAGCUAUUUGCCCGCCUCAUGGGCAGGACAUCAAUACCAUGAUUGAGUACAUCACUGACUAUAUAAACUGUCUCCAUCAGGGAUCGAGAGACAGAAUUUAUUUUAUAUUUGCAAUUUUGAACAUUAAUGUCCAACUAUAUAUGAUGCAAACACCUUUUUCUGAAGGCAUUAUGUUGUAAGACUGCAUUCGUGCAAAGUGAGUUAAAAGGCUUUGAUUGUUAUACAAUAGGUCACUAGUUUGAUUCCCAGGUUAUAAUAUUGUUUUAGCAAUCUUGGUAAAAUAUAGCUGGUUAAAACAAUAUUUAGACUACUACUAAACCUUCACUAAUACCUAUUUCUCCUAAAUUUUAGCCGAUGCAUAAUUUCUAACACACUCUGGGACCUUCUGCUCCUUAGACGGUCACUAGAUGUUCUGUGCCACAAUCAGGGAAAAGGUUUUUUGUUUUUUUUUUGGGAAA